AUGAAUUUUCCAAUUCAAUCCUCGGAACUUCUUUCUCACUACUUUUAUGAUGAAGAGGAAUAUGAGGAUGAAUUUUUAUGCGAGAGAGAGGAGAACUCGGAUGAUUUGAUAAUUGAUAGGAUUCCCGAAGGAGAUGAUGAUGAUGAAUUUUUAGAACAUGAGGAGAACGACGCUCGCAAGAUGAAACUUGGUUGGAACAAGUUCAAAAAACAUCAAUUGAAAGAGAGAUCAGAUAAGAGAUGGAUCCAACCAGUGGCGGUUCAAAACCAAAUCAUCAAAACUCGGUUUCUUGAAUUACCUCCUGAAAUAUUAUUGAAUAUUAUUGAUUUUACUAUUCCAUUCUUUUCAAGUUUGGAACAAGUUUUGAACGGAAGAGUGUUUGAUGAUGAGAGUAAGAGAGAUACAAAUACUGUGUUGAAAAACGUAAUUUUAAGAAUGGAGAAAUUCAUCUCUUACACGAUCCAUUCUCAAGAACAAGUUUCGAAAAUGAUUCCAAUGUUUAACUCUUUAACUUUUACCUACUUUAAUUCAGAAGCAGUGACAAGAAAGGAAGACUUUGAAACUAUUUUGGGAUUUAUUAUUUCAUCUACUCUAAAUACUGGAACAUUGGCUCUUCCUGGACAUCAAUAUGUGUUAACCACUCCAAUCGAUCAAGCAGUUCAUAGAGCCAUAUAUGAACCUGUGUGUUUUUCAUAUUGGUUUUUAAUGUGCCCAUGUUUUGGCUUUAGAAAUUAUCAAACAUUGAAAGGAAUUGCUUACAGCUAUGAAUCAAUUGCUAUCUCGAAACUUUCUAUGGAUGAAUGGGAGCACUUUCUUGUGUUUUUAAAAAAGAAUGUGAAAAAGUAUCCUUGCAUUCCCAAAAAGAGUGAAUAUAUCAAAUUAAUAACCAGACAAGUGGUAGAUAUAAUGAAAACUAUACUCUCCAAUGAUACCUCUAGCUUGACAAAGAAGGUACCACCAGUGAAAAACACUGAGAACAAACAAAUGCUCAAAAAGGCUGAGUAUUUAAUUUUAACUUUCUUUGUUGACCUUAAUAUUCCUCUUUUGAGAAAUUAUGAAAUGACAACAAUACUGUACUCAGAGAUAGCUAAAUUCUUUCCCCAACUGUUUAUUAGGUUGUUGAAAAGAAAUGUCAUUGACAAUUCUGAAUUAUCACAACAUCUAAAAACCAAAUUACUAUUUGAAAUUCUUUUAAAGAAACUGGAAAUUUUCACAACAAGUCUCAAAAAUUGUCAAGUUGAUGUUAUUGAUCUGAUUUUAGAUUUUUAUGAACGCUAUGCUAUGAAUCAUAAUGAUAUUAUGAAUUAUUUAGCAGAUUUUUAUCCCAUUCAUAUCAUGAUUUCUGAAGCAUUUGUGACUCUGGCACAUUUCGAUAUGAAUAAGAAUUUCCACACAAUUCUAACUCUAUACUGCAGAUACAUUUCAACCAUCAGAAAAACCUUUUUGAAAAUCACCAACAAUGAGCUUGAUGUGUUUAAAAUCUCUUCUACUAAACAUGCUCUUGGAAAUGUAAUGUUCACAUUAAUCUCCGCCGUUUGCCAUCAUUUGCAUAUUUCCAAGCAACCAGAAAAAGUUUGGAAAAUCUUCAAGAAUAUUUAUCAAACGUUGACAAUAGAACAAGGAUUUAUUGACUUAAUAGACAGAGUGAAAAAUAGUAACGGCGAUCACAUUUUAAUGGAAGCAAUUCAGCGUUUUGAAGUAUUCGAAUAUUUACUUUCCAAAGAUCAACCAAAGGAGAUUUUAGAAUUUUAUCAAAACUUGUUAUACACGACUCGAUAUGAUGUCUUUAGAGAACGACAUUUCUCUCUCUUCAAUUUACUUUUGAGCAAUGCUCUGUCAACCGCUCGUGUUGCCACAAAGAUUUCAAGUUUAUCAUCAGCUGACGUUUUACUCAAUAUUAGAAAGCUUAAAAGUUAUUACCAAAAUGAGAAAUUGUUUCGACAAGUUUUCAAACAAUCCAAACCAUGGUUGACUAUAACAAAAGUGCUGCAUCCUUAUUCCCAUGAAUCGAAAAAGACAUGUGACAUGUUGCUCAAGUUAUUCUCAGAAUGGGGCACAUGUGAAGAGUAA